AUGACGCAUCUAGAAUUUGGUGUUUUUGGAGACGGAAAGUUCGUCCAGCGUGGCUGGUUGAUGUCAAAUUCGGAAAUCCAUAUUCGUCUGUCAAGUACUUCUUGCAAAUUUUUUAAAAACAAUAUUUGCGCUCCUCACAAUCAACUGUUUGUCUCCUGCUCUAGAUUCAUAUUGCAACCUACCUGCAUUGAGGAUGAAGAUGCGGAGUCGCUUACAAGAGACACUCCAGUACCAAAGUCUGGAUGCUUACAAGAUCAAGGGACUCCAUCAUGUGGAACUGAAUUGCAAAGUUUAGAGCCUUCAUCCUUGACACUUUGGUCUGCAAACAGGAUUUCGUAUCCUAGUGUGGUUUGUCGACCACAUCCUGUUUUCAUGUCUACCUUGGAAAUCAAUCGUUGCCGCGUUCACAGAGGUGAACAACCAGAAUGUUCUGGUACACCUUACAAAAUUGGUGAUGAUAAUACUUCAGUUGAAAUAGAGUUUUAUCAACAACAAAUAGAGUCUUCUGUGAAUGACACUAAAACUACACCAGGUAGCCAAUUAAAGUUUAUCGGUUCUGCUCGUCUCGGUCCAUUUGUUGACACGUAUGGUCGUAAGGCUGCACAAAUCUUAAAUUCAUCACACAGUCCUGUAGGGGACCUUCGAGUACGUUAUCUGAUUAUUCAGCCAAUGAUUAAACCGCCUGACCCAAGUUUGAAAGUAAGCUAUCAACACCAUUGGAAAAAGCGUGGAGUCAUAGAUAUUGGUCAUCGUGGUAUGGGUACAUCAUUUUUGGAACCAGAGCAGAAGCAGUAUAAAAGGACACCGUCAACUAAGGAGAAUACAUUGGAUUCGUUUCGAACAGCUGUUCAACAUGGCGCUGAUUUUGUGGAAAUGGAUGUUCAGCUGACUAAGGAUCAUCAAGUCGUUGUUUAUCAUGAUUUUGAUGCUGUAGUUAUAUCGAAAAAGAAAAGAGGUGGUCAGCUGUCUUAUUUACGCAUUGCAAUCAAAGAGUUGAACUACGAUGAUUUACGUGAAUUAAAUGUCCGUCAUUCAAGCGUACUGAAAGAAAGUCAUUCGCAUGAAAAAAUGAAUGAAGAAGAUUUGGAUCCAGUUGAAUUACAACCUUUUCCUUUACUUCGUUCAUGUUUUCAAGAAAUUGAUCCUGAUUUAGGCUUUGUUAUUGAAGUCAAAUAUCCAAUGGAGUUCAAACCAAAAUCCUCAGAACGCAUCCGUAAGCAACCAGAUCUGCUUGAAAUUUUCGCUGCAAUUUCAUUAAUACGCCUGAAUACCUUUUUGGAUGAAUCAUAA